AUCAUCAUUAUUAUUAGGAUAAUUAAAUUGAAUUUCAUUUUGUUCAAUCAAUCAUUGAUCAUCAUCAUGAUGAAUUAUGAUUUAAGAAAUAUAUCACCAGCUGAAACCAAUGAAACCAUUACCAUGCCACAUGUUCUGGAAUUGGUUGGUGUUUGUCAUUCUGGACCGAUUACACCGAAUCGACUUUCAUUAUUAAAUAAGUGGACCAAUUAUCCACCAUCUGGUCUCAUACUUAAAGAUGUCUCGUUUGAGGUUCAUUCGGGCGAAAUGAUGGCCAUUCUGGGCAGCAAAGGAUCGGGAAAGAAAGCCCUAUUAGAAUUAAUUAGUCAUCGUAUCAAUCAACAAAGUAGUAGUACACGUGGACAGAUUCUUCUUAAUGAUGUACCAUUAACGCUAAGAGUGUUCCAGGAACAAUGCGGAUUCGUUUCACGCAGAACCGAACUAAUUGAAGGAUUAUCUGUUCGUCAAACAUUAACAUAUAUGGCAAGAAUGACAAUCCGACAGCCGAUACCCAGACGUUUACCGGAUGGAUCAUAUAUGACAAUUCGAUUCCGUGUAAAACAAGUGAUGGCCGAUACAGCAUUAUCAAGUUUAGCCGAUUAUGAUGUGAGCGAAUUGAAUGAAGCUGAACGAAGACGAUUAACCAUAGCUAUGCAUUCGAUACGAGAUCCAUUAUUAAUGGUACUGGAUAAUCCUACCAGCGAUCUUAGUCCAUUGGAUUCAUAUUUCAUAAUAUCCAUGUUAUCGAAUCAUUGCCGUAAAUAUCAACGAAUUAUUGUCUUCACAAUCGAUAGACCACGUUCGGAUAUAUUUCCAUUCAUCGAUCGUGUUACAUUUUUAUGUUUAGGUGAUAUUGUCUAUACUGGUAGCACACGAAUGAUGAUGGAUUAUUUUAGUAAUAUUGGUUUUCCCUGUCCAGAAUUGGAGAAUCCAUUAAUGUAUUACUUAUGUCUGUCGACAGUUGAUCGACGAUCCAGAGAACGAUUCAUUGAAUCUUCGGCACAGAUAGCAGCAUUGGUAGAUAAAUUCAAAAUCGAUGGCCAUGAUUAUCGUAAAUAUAAUACACCAUAUUCAAAGAUGAAUGCACUGAGUAUUCCAUUGACCGCUUAUGGGAAGGCAUCCGCUUGGAAUGUUAUAUCCACAUUGAUUGCCCGACAAUUUUGUGCGAAUCUAAUUAUGAAACGCUUGUUUCUGAAAUUGGGUCUGAUACCAUUGUUUUGCAUAUUGAUGUAUACAUUCAUUCUACCAUCGUUGGAUGAAACACAGAAUUCAUUUCAAACACGAAGUUUUAUCAUUUUCAAUUUGAUGGCCGCAAUCACAAUGAUGACACCGAUUAUCACAUCAUAUUAUUUUUCUCAACAUCGAAAUCGUUUCUAUGAAGAUUCAUCUCGUCUAUCGAUAUAUCGUGGACCAUCAUUAAUCGUGACCAAUAUAAUAGCAAAUAUGCCAUUGACCAUGUUGAAUAUAUUCAUUGCCGGUAGCAUUACCUAUUGGACAACACCAUUUCGUAUUGAUGGUUAUUGGUUGGAGCGAUGGAUCAUUUUUUGUUCAGUACUUUGGGGUGUUUAUACAUUUGUCGAACAAUUUACCAUAGCCAUAAUGUGUUUUGUAAAAUCACCAUUCAAAGCUUCAUUAACAUCAUGUUAUCUGCUUACACCGUGGUUGAUUAUCGGCAGUACAACACUACGAUCAAUGUUAGCAUCACCGAAUAUCUACUAUUAUAUCAAUUGGUUUAAUAUUUAUUAUUGGGCUGGAUGGACAUUGAAUUUUAUGGAAUUUCAAUUCAAUACUGAUCUUGUACGUGUACCACAUGUAUCCACCAACAAUACGGUUGAACUUUGCAGUGCUAAUAUUGUGCCAGGAAAAUGUAUGUUUCUUUCAGGUAAUCAUUAUCUAGAUCAACGUUUCAAAGAUAUCAAAGAUAUACCUGAAUGGUCGCUGAUUUUUUGGAAAAAUUUCGCAUUCAUUUUCAUUUUUGCCAUUGGAUCAUAUCUUAUCAAUACGGUUAUCUAUGUAAUUCCAUUACCAGCGUCAUUGAAAGCUAAAUUUCGUGAUUAGAUUAAUCACAAAAACCUUUUUGUCAAUUUGUUUGUCUUUGU